UGGGGCUCCCUCAAUCUGCAAUGCAGAGCAGGGGCUAUAAAUACAGCUCACACUCAGCCCGCACUCACUCAUACGCUCUGGAUACUGGCUCUGAACAUGGCUCCUUGUAGCAAUAGGAUGGAGGACUUUGAUACCAACAUCGGCAAGGAAAUGCGAAAGCUGAGAAAGCCAGUGAUUGAGAAGAUGAGGAGAGAUCGCAUUAACAGCAGCAUUGAGCAGCUCAGGACUUUACUGGAGAAAAAGUUCCAGAAACAUCAACUUCCAUCCAAACCAGAGAAAGCAGACAUUCUGGAGAUGGCAGUGACCUUACUAAGGCAACAAGUACAAAGGGCAAAUAAAGCCAUGACGCCUUCAAAUCAAGAUUUUCGUCCAUUGAUGGACAUCACACAGUUUCUACCCUUAAAAAAGCAUGCGGAGAAACAUGUACCUCUUAUCAGUGACUCUAAUGAAUACCAUAUGACAAAGGAGAACUUGUGCCAGUCUACGGUUAACCAAGGCAUUGGCAAAGGUCCAUCCCAAGGAUACAGCACAGAAGACCUCUGGCGACCUUGGUGA